CAUCAAAAUUUUGUUUUCUCUCUCCUGGGUUGCUAUGUUUUUAUCUCUCUUUCCAUUUUUCUCUAUUCCCCAAAAAGAAGGCCUUUAUCAUAUAAGUUUUAUGAUUUUUUUUUCUUCUAUUGUAUCCUUCUUUUAUGGGUGUUGAUUAUCUCUGACUGGUUGCUUGGAGAACUUGGGGGAAGUUCAGAACUUAUGUUACUUCGUAUAUUUGUCAAAAUAUGGAUGCAAUGUUCAUUUCCCCUUUCAAUUGGUUACGAUUUGUGAUAGCUGAAGUUGGUCCUGGUAAUGGGUUCCCUGAAUUAUAUACAUUUUUAACAAUUCCGAUUACUUUCUUUUUUAUUGUUAAUAAUUAGCCAUGUACAUGUUUCUUACUGUAAUCAUCUAUAGUUUAAGACUGUUGCCACUAUCAGCCAUGAUUGUGUAUCAACUCAUUUAACCUCAAUAUUGGACAUCAUUGUGCAUUUUCUAUGGCUCAGUGGAUUUAAUUGGUUUAAUUUUGGGAUCUAAAUGUUAGGAAGAGCAUUGGACUGCAAAUAAGGUUAGUCAUAGAUCUCCUCUUUCAAAAACAGCUUAACAUAUUCAUUAGGACCAUCACCAUUAGUUGGCACCCUUUGCAGGAUCUACUUGUCUGCCCUUUAGUUUAAUGCUUUCUUUAUCAAGUUCUCUAACUGUUGAUGGUUGAUAAUGCGAGAGAUCCAGCAGGAUGGCCAAAUGCGAAUACAGGCCUUACUCAAUGGGUCGAUCGUACCGAUGAGGGGUGGAUGCUUUGGAGAUUUCAUACGGGUCCCUCGAUGGCCGAUCUUGAGGAAAGAGUCUGCAAAAUAGGUGAAAAAGAUCAUGGGUCCACCGGGAGAGCUCCGGUGAAAACGCUUCGACACUCAAGUCAAAUUUAGGACUUAAAGUGUUGAGAGAAAUAAAAUAGAAAAGAAGAGAAAGUUCUCCAGAGAGAGGAUGAGAUUUAGGGUUUCUCUGUGUGCCGAAGAGAGAGAGGAUUUUUUCCUUAGAGAAGAAGAAGAUGGUCCCUCCAUUGGAUUAGUGCCGUGAUAUAUAUAUAUAUAUAUAUAUAUAUAUAUGUGAUCGCUUAUGGCCCCGGUGCCAUGUUUCCAUGGGCAGAAAUACUUUUAUGCAAGUGUGUUGGGCGACAUGUUAAUGAUGGACAACAUGACAAUAAAUAUGAAGCUGGCUAUUCUGAUUUCAUCAGGUCAUGCUCGGUUUAACCGACUUACAUAGAGCUGUUUUCUUCCUUCUGAGUAGGAGUUGAAGAAAAAAUAACUGGUUGAUUCUGCUUCCAAAGGGCAGAUAUGGAUAACGAAGGUAAAGGUAUAGCCUGGGUUGGAAGCAUAUUCCACACUCUUGAAGCUAUGUUUUUAGAGGUAGAUGAUAUCAUGCGGCAGAUGAUUGGUACUAAUGUGAAGCAGCUUCACUCUGAUCUUCUGCAAGAGGUGAUCCCAGAGUCUUCUUUAGAUACAGCAGAUGGUUCAGCAUAUGACUCUUCUUUAGUACAAAACAUUGAUGAGGUUUAUAUUGAUGGAGACCACUUAGAAAAAGAAGCUUGCACUGUGAGUGAGGUCUAUUCCUGUCUUGGGAAAUAUUAUAAGGUCUCACAAUAUGAUCUGUCUUUGGAGGAAACCUUUAAUGCUGGGAUUACUGAAAAUCAUUCUGAAGAAAUGCAAUUUAACCUUGAGAAGUCUGAUAUUGUUAUCCUAGACAACAAAGAUCCAAGUUUGGCAGUAUUGUCACCAGCCUCAAAUGAACUGCUGGAGAGCAACUCGUGUGUAAAAAUAGUACCUGCACUUGUGCCACCUUCAGGUUCUGUUAAAAUGUUACAUUCCUGUGGAAGCAAGGUCUACUAUGGAAACUUUUCUUCUGGUGGUGCCUCGACUGAAUCAGUUGGAACAUCCGACAACUCCAUUGAUGAUAUUACCAAUAAGGCUUCAUCUCAUAAGAUGAACCUUGAUGAAAGUUGCGUCAUAGUAGACAAUGGUGAACUUUUUUAUGUUUCUCUUUCUCAUGAUGUUGGAAGACAGGUCUUGCAAGUUACAAAGCUCUCUUUCUCAUUCUAUUGUUUGCUUGAAUUUUACGAGAAUGUACCCCAAUCAAGAUAAGCAUUUUAAGAAUUACUGUGCUGUGUCCAAGUUUAGGAAGAAGUCCAUUUCCAUAAUUAGGGAACUCUCAACUCUGACGUUUCUAUUUUCUUUUCGUUCAAGAAAAAGUUAAAGUCUUUCGCAACAAAAUGGACGGCCGCAGGAAAGCAGGAUCAUGAUCAGCAUGCUGCCUUGUAUAGGAAUCCAGAUUUGGGAUCUUGUAAACAGAAAAGGGAAGUUUCAGUAUCAUUUAGUGAUACAAAAUCAAAUCAUGAAUUUUUUGAAUCUGAUUGGGAGAUUAUCUAGAUGACUCUUCCAAUGGUGAGUUCUUCUACUUCAAGUGGUUUUGUCAUCCCAAGCAGUCAAAUAAAGGCGGCCUAGAUUCUGUUUCAGAUGCUUUGGAGCAAUGAGACCACCACAGUGAAGGGAUAAUAAAUUAAAUUAAAUACUUCUGCAGCUGAGAAAAUCUGCAGAAUUUGAUCAGGAUUUUUUUUUUUUUUGGGGUGUAAUUUGGAGGAGAACGUUGAUUUUCUUGGUCUUUCAUGCAUGUUUUUGGAAUUAGGGUUCCUUUUGGAGCAGGAUCAUUUAAAUAAUUGAUAGCAUUCCUGAAGAACUCCUGGCCCUAGUACUACCCUACCUGAGCAUAAACAAAAAAAUAAAAAAGAAAAAGAAAUUAACUGA